CCCGUGCGUCUUUUUGUUGCAGGCACGAGGGUUUAAAUGCUGGGUGACGCGAAGACAUGUGCCCACGCGCGAGAGGGAAGGCAGCAGCUGCCAUCCCAGACCCAGAUCAAGGCGCGUGGGUCCUUUGGCGAUGCUGCCUGGAGAUCGUGUCAACGACCAUUUAUUCGAACACCUGACAUUGAAAUUCGUCUCAAUUCUUCCAUUUUCACUCCAGUUGAUGAGCAAAAACACACAGAAUGGCCGACAAGGAAUCCACAGUCUACGUCGUCGACCUAGGCGAGUCAAUGGCUGAUUGCCAUAACGGCCGCGUCGAAUCUGAUCUCGAUUUUGGUAUGCGCUAUGUUUGGGACAAGAUUUCAGAUACCGUCGCGGCAAGCAGGAAGACGUGGACCAUAGGUUUCGUUGGCUUCAACACCGAUGAGACAGAGAACGAACUCGCGGAUAAAGAUAAGCUCGAGGGCUACGAUAACAUCUCUGUGUUACAGCCCAUCGGCCCCAUGAGCAUGACGGAGCUCAGAGAAUUGCGCUCCAAGGUCCAGCCGUCCAGGAGCUAUGGUGCCGAUCCGGUUUCCGCUAUUGUGGUGGCACUGAAGAUGCUUGAGAACUACAAUCCAAAGCACAAGAUCAAGCGGAGGGUAAUCCUUGUCACCAAUGGCGAGUCGAGCAUUGAUGAUGAAGAGCUGGACCACAUCGCUGCGGUAUUCAACGAGUUCAAAGCUGAACUGAUUGUGAUUGGUAUCGAUUUUGACGACGCUGACUACGGCUUUAAGGAAGAAGACAAGUCUACUAACAAGAAAAACAACGAGAAGGCACUUCAGCAACUGGUGGAAAAGUGCAAUGACGGCGUAUUCGGCACCAUGCAACAGGCCGUGGAUGAGCUGUCAAUACCUCGGAUCAAGCCAGUACGACCAUUCAAGGCCUAUGAUGGGCCUUUGACCCUCGGAGACCCAGACAAAUAUCCUAGCGCCAUCAGCUUCCACGUGGAGCGUUACUACAAGACCAAACGCGCUUCCGCGCCAUCAGCAAGCACCGUCGUGGUCAGCAACAAUAACGGAUUCAGUCAAUCACAGACCUACAAAGACGAAGAUGGGGAUUUUGAGAUGGGCGGAGCCGAGUUCUCCGGUGUCAAGCAAAUGCGCACCUACAAGGUCAACGAUCCCGACGCCCCAGGAGGCAAGAGAGAUGUUGAUUUUGAAGAGCUUGCAAAGGGCUACCAGUAUGGCCGCACGGUGGUUCCGUUUGGCGAGUCCGACCUGUCCAUCACAAAGUACUCGACCAAAAAGUCAUUCACCAUCAUCGGGUUCAUCCCCUUUGACAGUUACAAUCCCUUUAUCAACAUGGGCGAAACGGGUCUGAUUGUGCCCCAGAAAAUGAAUGAGGAGGCCGAAUUGGGACUUUCGGCAUUCAUUCAUGCUCUCUACGAGGCUGACUCGUAUGCUGUUGCCAGAUAUGUGCAAAAGGAUGAGGCUGCAGUUCAGAUUCUUCUUCUCAAGCCCAACACUGGUCUUGAGGAUGAGUUUGAGUGCCUUUACGAUGUACCUCUGCCCUUUGCCGAGGAUAUCCGAAGUUACCAAUUCCCGCCCUUGGACAAGGUGCUUACCGUGUCUGGGAGUGUGCUCAAGGAGCAUCGACUGUUGCCAAACGAUGAUUUGAAGGACGCUGUGAGCGACUUUGUUGACGCAAUGGAUUUGUCGAACUAUGAUGUUGAUGAGGAUGGAAAACCAGUAGACUAUGCACCCGUAGACGAGGUGUACAACCCAAUCAUCCACCGGAUGAACCAGGCCAUCCGAGCCCGGGCUGUUGACCCAGACUCGCCCAUCGGGCAACCAGCCGAGAUUCUGUUGAGGUACUCCAAGCCUCCAAAGAAGCUCCUCGAGAAAGCCAAGCACGAAAUCGGCAACCUGAUCGAUGCCGCAGAACUCAAGAAGGUUCCCGAAAAGGCCAAAGGUCGCUUCGGCAAGAAAGACGCCGUCAAGCCCCUCUCCGGCCUUGACGUUGACUCCCUCCUUGGCGGUCAACCCAAGCGCGCUGCCAUCUCUUCAGAAAACGCUAUUCCCGAGUUCAAGCAGAUGCUCGCCGCAGCUGAGGACGACGAGACGAUCGAGAAGGCAGUCAAGCAAAUGGGCGAGAUUGUUCGGAAGCUCAUCAAGGACAGCUUUGCUGAUGUGUUUUACUCGCGGGCUGCUGAGAAUUUGGGAGUUAUGAGGGAGGAGUUGCUUGGGUUCGAGAUGCCAAUGCUGUACAACAAGCUUCUGAGAGCGCUGAAGAAGAGCUUGCUGAGUGGUGAGCUGGAUGGUGACCGGAGGGAGAUGUGGUAUAAGCAUAUUGUGGGUGGUGGACUGGGGCUCAUCACGAAGGAGGAGCUGGAUGUUUCGGAUGUGACCGAGGAGGAGGCUAAGGCUUUUGCGAAGUGAGAAUUGGUGAGCAUGGAGGCAUGAUGUUGUAAUGAUAUUUAUUUGUGGAAGAUCGAUGGGAUCUGGUCUAGGCAGUUUCGGUGAGCGAGGAGUUUUUGGUCGAGUGUGAAAUUACUCGCCCUCUUUGUUGCAAACACAACCUGAAUAUUGCAGAAUCUGAAGGUAGCAAUUAUUUCAGAGGGCAGAGGGGUCUAAAAUGAUUGAGGUACGUGUAAACUUUGGGCACUGGGAAAACCUUAGUUAGCUAGCAGUCACAUGUCCAAGUUGUUCUUCAUCCUGCUUGCCAGCAUUCUGUUGUAUAGAGUGUGGUCGUGAAAAAAAGUCGAAAAACUCACCGGUCAAACCCAGAAGGAGGUGGCCGGUUACGAACACCUCGGUGGUUUUACUUCGAAUCGAACUCGGGGGACA